CUUGUUUUUUUUUUAAUUGUGUGAUAUCAUCUGUCGUAAGGUACAAGAAAUUCACAUAAGUUUAGACAAAUUAUUAGAAGUUAUAGAUUUGGAGCUAGGGAAACAUUAUGAAUACGCGACGUUUUGCUGGAUUAAUUUGUCUGAUGACGUGUUUUUCAGGAGUCUGUGACGCUCAGUGUGAUUCGGCAGGGUAUGUUCGAUGUUAUAUUGGGAUUGACAUUCCCCAACCAGGUUCGCCAGAUGUAAAUUGCACAGCCUUGGAACAGGUAGCAGCUUGUCUUGAGCAGUUCAAAAGUUCCUGUGUUUCAGAUCCAGGUUUCAUGCAGAUUUUACAGAUAAUCAAUAUGACAUGUGGUAAUUCCAGAUGUGAUUUCAUCAAGUGCUUCACAGACAAGGGGAUAGAUAUUACUGUUUUAGCAAACGAUCCAGAGAAAUUUGACUGCGAGAGUUUCCGUGCGGUGCAGCCUUGUUUUGAGAGCCAGAGGAGUGCUUGUGAGGGAGACAUAAUGUACAAAACAGCUGACGGAUAUGUUCCGCAAUUUGUGUCAAAAUGUGGUACUUCCAAAGGUAGUAGAACCUUAGCUAUCCAAGGAACCUGGGUCUUCCUGUUUGCUGCAUUCCUCAUAAUGGCACCUAUUUCUACGUAAAACCACCACUGUAAAAUCAAGCUACCUUUUGGAGGUGUCAAAGGGAAAUCAAAGAUGCUUCAUUCUCUUAUUUGGGAAACAAAGCUUAUAAAUGUUUGUAAAAUUAUUCAUUGAAACUGUUUUCCAUAUUUCAUCGUAAAUGGAGAAAAAUAAUCUGCUUUUUACGUUUGUUAUUCUUAACAGUAAGUAUAUGAAUUUGUAAUAUGAGCUAUAAUCAUGCAAAUGCUUUGUGAUGGGAAUUUUAUUUUUUGAGAUCACUGUAUGUAUCCUCAUAAAAUAUGCUGAGCAAAAUAAGUUUAGCAACUUAAGAUAUUUAUCAUAAAAGAAAGUGGAAAAAAGGAGAAACAGCACUUACAAUUGAACUAUGAUAUGAGCUUGUCAUCACAUAACAGAAUAAGGCAAUUUUUAUCGACAAUUGUGUGCUGUUUUGUAAGAAAUAUCGUGAAACUGAUCACAGAUACGGGUUUAAAAAGUCAGAUUCAAUUUCAAUUUUGUUUAAGGCCUUCAAUUGAAGAGAUAACAACAACACAUUGGCGUCUCAUGCUCCUUAUAAGGUUUUGUAUCUCGAGCAUGGUGAUCUGGUUCCAC